AUGCAGUUCUCCACCAUCCUCCUCACUCUCGUUUCCGCUGCUACCAGCGCCCUCGCUGUUACUGCAGCCUACGACACUACCUAUGACACUAGCAGUCUCUCUACCCUCGUUCUCGCCUGUUCUGACGGCGUCAACGGCCUCUACACCAAAGGCUAUCAAACUCUUGGAUCUGUCCCCAAUUACCCUUACGUUGGCGCUGUCGAGACCGUUGCGGGAUGGAACUCUGCCAACUGCGGCAAAUGCUAUAGUGUGACUUAUGGCUCUACCACUAUCAAAGUUACUGCUGUUGACCACGCGGCUUCUGGGGUGUGGCUUUGGGCAGAGUCGAUGUUACUUAUACGGAGACUGCUUGUUAAAAGCCUCCAAACUUUUCAAGUGGCGGUUCAUAUAAGAUAA